GUUGUCUCCAGUUGUCCUGCACCGCCCCUCCCCCUCUUCUCCGCGUCUUCAUUCUUCUUCUCCUCUCGUUAUUAGUCCCACCUCGCCCCUUCAGCACCUCUUCUCUCCUCAUUCUCCAGCCAAGAGUCACAGCUAAGACUCCGCUGUACAUUUCCCCCCAAACACGCUCUCAAUCCGGUUUCCCCCUUCGCCGCGCCAUGGCCGGCGUUGCCAAGAGCCUCGUGGUUCUCUUCCUUCUCGUAGCGGCGCUGUCUGCAUCCGCCUCCGCGUCGUCCUCCAUGGGCGCCGGCGGGGACCUGCAGCUGGGCCUCUUCUCCUCCUCCGCCUCCGCCUCCGACAGGGAGACGUGCACGGUGGGGGAGUGCGGCGGCGGCGAGGAUGAGGACGCGGAGGGCGAGCUGGGGUCGGCGUCGGCGGAGGCGCACAGGCGCAUCCUGGCGGGGCGCGGGUACAUCAGCUACGGCGCGCUGCGGCGGGGCACCGUCCCCUGCAACCGCCGCGGGGCGAGCUACUACAACUGCCGCCCCGGCGCGCAGGCCAACCCCUACCACCGUGGCUGCUCCCGCAUCACCCGCUGCCGCGGCUAAGGGUUUCUGAUCUCCCCCCCUUCUUCUUGAACCGAAACAUCACCAUCCGACUUAAAUGAAAUAAGCUUGCUCUUUCUCUUUGUGUUGUUCUUCUUCGUCACUGCUGCUGCUGCUACUAUUAGUUAAUUUCUUUGCAGCGCUGAUACUGCUGCUGCUGUGUUGUAUCUGCAUAAAUUUGUUUGUUGUAAAGUAAAAACAGAGAGAUUUGUGCUGUUCUUGGGAGUAAUAUGAUGAGAGAUAUUCUUUUUUUUAAUUAUUUUCAA